CGCGCGUCGUCGCAUGUCGACGGAAUCACCAAGUAUUAAGCGUUGUCGUCGUGUUGGAAAAGAUUUAAUGGUACUCUUCUCACGUUUAAAGUUCGCUUAAAUGCUCAUGACGUUGAUAUUAUAUGACGGUUAAGAGAUAUAGAGAGGGUACACGAGGGGAGGAAGAAAAAAAAACUCCAACGUCUCUCCCUGGUGAAAAAGUGAUUGCGUUGUAAUGUCUACUGCAAGAAAUAUUAUUUGAGUUUUUCAAGCUAAACGCUUUUAAGAAGAGAGACUUUCAUUACAUAGGAUGGAACGCACGAAAUAUUGUAUUAGCAUUUUAUUAAGCAUUUUUUUUCACAUUUUUUUAUUUCCACAUUUUAUAUCUACGUUGAAUGUUUAUUCGGAAAAUGCAGCCACGAACGAAAAUGAAAUUACGCCGCAAAUCAGUUGGGUAUUUAGUAAACCUGCUGUUGACACUUUGCACAGGAUCAAAAGAAAUCCUAUGCAUAAACAAGAGAAUAAUUUAUUAAACUCCAUGUUACCAAAGUGUAAAAUGAAUUUGAAAGAACUUUGCGAAGGUAUAGACAAGGAUGAUGAGUUAGUGUUAUUAGAAUGCAUUCAAACUUUGAAGCCAAAUGAAAUGAAUAUCAUCGAUACAGAUUGUCAUCAAGAGAUUUGGGAUUAUGUUAAGAACAUUACCAACAAUAAGAAUGUAUAUAGGUUGGCUAAAAAAGCAUGCGGUGACUAUUUGGAAAAAUUAAAUUGUUCUUCUACGGGAGAUGUGCAAGGAGCUUAUUUGUCUUGCCUAGUUGAAAAAAGAGAAAGCGUUGAAGACUUGCGUUGUAUUGCUUACAUCCAACGAUUAGAAUGGAUUGCAUUUAGUGAUUUUAGAAUUAUCACACCAUUUUUUUCUGAUUGUGAAGCUGAUAUCACGAAAUUUAAAUGUGGCAGAAUACAACAUUACAGAGACAUAUCGCAAGGACAAAUUUUAGCAUGCUUGCAAGAACAUAUCGAAGAAUUACAAGUUAAAUGUAAACGACGCAUACUUCGUGUUUCCGAAAUACAAGCUGAUAAUAUUAAACUGGAUCGUCAACUAUAUUUAGCCUGUAUACAGGAUCAUAUCACAUUUUGUCCAAAUAUUAGGCCAGGAAGCGGUCAAGUAUAUAAGUGUUUAAUGCAACAUAAAAAUGAAGAAACUAUGACAGGGCAAUGUCAAGAACAACUUAUAAGAAGAGAAAAACUUAUUGCCUCUGAUUACAAGGUCAGCAAAGGUUUUGUUAAAGCAUGUAAAGAGGAUAUUAAAUCGAAUCGUUGCAAAAAAGGAGUAUCUGACGACAAAGAAAUAAGACUCGCACAAAUUUUACUUUGUCUGGAAUCGGCUAUGAAAAAUGGUUCCAAAAUUGAACGAAGCUGUCAAGCAGAGAUGUUUGAUCAUAGGAAAUUAUUAAUGGAAGAUUAUAGAUUAUCCCCUGAAAUAGUUGAUGGUUGUGCAAAAGAUAUUACCACAUUUUGUAAGAGUCUUGAAGUUGGCGGUGCCACAAUUCAUUGUUUAAUGGAACAUAGUAGAACGCGGAAAAAGAAGUUUAGAGUUACCAACAAAUGUCAAAGAGCGUUAGAACAAUUAAUAAAAGGAGUAGAUGCUGGAGAAGAUUGGAGAAUAGAUCCAAUCUUGAGAGAAGAAUGUCAACCUGUUGUCGAUCUUGCUUGCCGAGAAGUACGUGGAGGAGAUGCUAGAGUAAUAUCCUGUUUGACAGAUCAAAUAGGAACUUCUAGAAUGACAGAAGCAUGCGAAACAGCUUUGAUUCAAAUACAAUAUUUUGUAGCUAGAGAUUACAAAUUAGAUCCUCAAUUGUAUAAAGCAUGUAAAUACGAUGCUGUUCGUUUAUGUCAUGCAGCAAAUGCAUGGGCAAAUGAUGGAACACAAAUGGACCCAGAAAGAGGUCCACUUGUAUUACCAUGUUUAUAUAGAUAUGCUUAUCAAAAAAAUUUAACAUUAAAAACUGAAUGUUUAGAAGAAAUAAGAAGAGUCAUGAGACAAAGAGCAGUAAAUGUUGAUUUACAACCUGAAAUCGAAGAAGUAUGUUUAAGUGAUUUGGCAUCAUUUUGUUAUGAUAAAACUGCUAAAGGUGAAGAGAUUUUAUGUCUUCAAGAUAAUUUAGAUAGUUUAACUAAAAUGUGCAAAUUGGCAGUUGGAAAUUUCACAGAAGUACAAGCCGAACGUAUUGAAUUAAAUCCAAUAAUUUCAUCCGCGUGUCAACACGUUAUGGAACGUCAUUGCGAGGAAGUGCUUAAAUACGGUAAAGAUGAAGGGGAUAUAAUGGAAUGUUUGAUAGAACAUAAAAAUGAAUUAGAUGCUCGAUCCGAUUAUAAAUGUAAAGCUGCCGUAGAACAUUUUCAAUUAAUAUCAUUGAAGAAUUAUCGAUUUACGUACAAGUUUAAAGAAGCUUGUAAGACUUAUGUUAAAAUAUGGUGCCCCAAAUCAAAAACAAAAGCAGAAGUUAUAGAAUGUCUUAGUUCGAUUGUACAAGCAGACAUAAUGAAAAAUAUGCAACACCGUAUACCAAAAGAUUGUAGGCACCAACUAAAAGCACAAUUAUAUCAACAACGAGAAAAUAUACAAUUUGAUCCUGCAUUACAUACAUCCUGUGAACAAGAUAUUAAACGACUUUGUUUUAACGUAGAGGCUGGCAACUCACAAGUAUUAGAAUGUUUAGCAUCACAAAAAACAAAAUUGUCCGAUUCGUGUCAUAAGAAAUUAUUUAACGUAAGGAAACAAGAGUUUCAAGAUAGUUCGAGCGAUUUUGCUUUGUUAAAUAUUUGUCGCGGGAUGUUGAGACAAUUUUGCCAUGAUGUCAAUCGUUCGGGAAGUCUUGACUGUUUGAAAAGAUACAAAGAUGACCCUACAUUUGACGAUAAAUGUAAAAAUAUUGUUAUUCGAAGAAUGAUCGAACAAAACACCGAUUAUAGAUUUAAUACUGCGUUACAAAGUGCAUGCACGUAUGAUAUCGACAGAUACUGUAAAGGGGUUUUAAUACAUGAGCCAACUGAUAAGGAACUCGAAGGAAAAGUUAUAAAAUGUUUAAAAAUUAAAUUCAGUGAAUCUAAAUUGGUGCCAAAAUGUGAACAACAAAUGACCGUAAUACUUAGAGAAGCUGCUAUGAAUUAUCACUUGAAUCCACUGUUAGCUGCAAUGUGUGCAAACGAGAUCAAAACUAUAUGCCGCAACGAUAAUGAUCCUGGUGCUGUCGAAGAGUGUUUGAAAAUCAAGUUCAAUGCUGGAGGGAAAGAUAUGAAAGAGGAAUGCAAAUUAGAGAUAGCAGAUUUAAUAGAACAAGCAAGAGCAGAUAUCAAUGUUGAUCCUAUAUUACAAAAAGCUUGUGCAAUUGAUGUUAGUAAAUAUUGCAGUGACAUUCCACAAGGGGCAGGAAGACAUAUCAUGUGCCUGCAAUAUGUUUUAAAUGACAGUAAUAAAUCUUUAGAACCAGAUUGUUAUAAAAUGUUGACAACGAGAAUGGAAAUGUUCAGAAAUGCUGCUAAGUUAAUCGCUCCUAAUAGUAUAGAAGAAUUAUACACGUCUCUAAACCGAUCUCCCGCAAGAAGAUACUUCAUGAUAAUAGCAAUUACACUUGUUGGAAUUAUCUUUAUCAUUGGUAUGUUCUGUGGAGGGGUAACAAGAAGAACAAUGCUUAUGAAAAAUAAGUGAUAUAUUCAAAUUGGGCUUAUCCGUCCACCCAAAAAAAAA